AUGGAGCCUUCAAAGAGCAACCACCAACUGCCAGAGCAACGCGCUCAUGGUGAGGCGGCUGCUGGUUUGCCUACUCAUUCCGGGCUUCCAGACACCCAAUGCGCCGUAUAUUGCUGCCGAUGCUGCCGGUACCAACUGUUCUAUGAGAGCCAGCUUCAGCCUCAUGAACCAAAACCUCAGGGGGAGUCAAAGACAGGCCUUCGAGCUGCACCACCCCCGAAGUGCACAAGCGCCUUCGUAGAACCCCUGCAGUGGAUGCGCGGCCUUGAGGAGCAACGCGGCAAGCUUAUAUGUCCGAACCCUGCGGUAGGGGUUGCUGCUGCUGCUGCUACUGCUGCUAUCACACUUCCUCAGUCUGCUACUGCGCGCCGGUGCGGCGCAAAGCUUGGUAACUGGUGCUGGGCCGGUCUCAAGUGCUCAUGCGGUCAGUGGAACGCCCCCGCAUUCCAAGUAAGUCCCACGCAGCUAUUGGGGUGUCUGUCUGAAAAGGGGGUGCGCCUAGCCGCUUUCGCAGCAGCCAGUAGCGGCAAAAGGCCUACGCCAGUCCCAGUAGCGGCAACAGAAGGAGUAGCCGCAGCAGUGAAUUCGCAUGCAGGCAAUACCCCGGAUGUGCAAGGCCUCUGUGUCUUUUCAGGUACACCUCUCCCGAGUUGA